AAGAGGGACGGGCUGGCGGAGGGUCUGUGUUGUUCUCGGGAUCUGCUACCCCCUCCCAGUUUUUCCUGCCUGCCCCGGCAAAGAGCCAACGGCGGGGCGUGGAGUUGGCGCCGGCUGCUUGGCAGGUGGGCACCUGAAUCGCAAGGGACGCUCCCCGGUGUGUGUGAUUGCACCCCCAAAAGUGGAUGGGCACAGGCUGGCCCUCGCCCUCCCAUUGCCUUUUCCUCUCACGUCGGAGUCGCCCUGAGAACUGCUCUUCCCUCUUCCCUCUCUAGGCUGAUUCCGUGCCACACGGGCAUCCAGGGUACCGCCGUGCCCCCAGGACACCUGGCAGGGAACGAGGCCAGGCAAAGCUGGCAGCAUUAACUCUUCACUAGCUGUAAACAGGAGCAUCUGAAGACAUACAGAUAAAGGCAGACAGCCAGGUAGGAUUUUGUGGUUUCUGCUCAAGUUCCAUGGAUGGCGGGGCGUGCUGUGAUCCGUUCAUCUCUGCUGUCCCCUCCCAGUUACUAUGAAGUGGUACACUAUGGACGUGGACCUACAAGUCCUGAAUAUCCUUUCUUUAGUGGCUGGUACCACUAUAUGGGUCAGGAACCUCUUUCAUACAAGCGACGUGGAGGCAUUGUUGAUCAACGUGAUGUCAUCAUGGCCCAUCAGGCCCACAAAAUCCACAACACGCCACAGGCAAAGCGGAAGGAGUGGGAGAUGGCUCGGUUUGGAGAUGAGGUGCCAGCCCGCUAUGGGGCAGGAGGUUCAGGGGGAGCUGGCGCUGGAACAGCAGGCGGCGGAGGUGGCCGGGGUGCUGGGGGCGUUCGGCAAGGUGGUCCCCCAGGGGCCCAGAGGAUAUAUAAACAGUCGAUGGCCCAGCGAGCCCGUACCAUGGCACUCUACAACCCCAUUCCUGUUCGGCAGAACUGUCUGACUCUCAACCGCUCCCUCUUCCUCUUCAGUGAAGACAACGUGGUGAGGAAAUACGCCAAAAAGAUCACCGAAUGGCCUCCUUUUGAAUACAUGAUUUUAGCAACUAUCAUAGCAAACUGCAUUGUCCUUGCUCUGGAGCAACAUCUACCUGAUGGAGACAAGACACCAAUGUCAGAACGAUUGGAUGACACUGAACCAUACUUCAUUGGAAUAUUUUGUUUUGAGGCUGGAAUUAAAAUUAUUGCCUUAGGAUUUGCUUUCCACAAGGGAUCCUACCUAAGGAAUGGGUGGAAUGUGAUGGAUUUUGUGGUGGUUCUCACGGGCAUUUUGUCAACAGUUGGUACUGAAUUUGACUUGCGAACUUUGCGGGCAGUUCGUGUACUCCGGCCACUAAAGUUAGUGUCGGGAAUUCCAAGUUUACAAGUUGUCCUUAAGUCCAUAAUGAAGGCCAUGAUACCUCUGCUACAAAUUGGCCUCCUCCUAUUUUUUGCAAUCCUUAUUUUUGCAAUCAUAGGGUUAGAAUUUUAUUUGGGGAAAUUUCACACCGCCUGCAAGGAUAUUCAUACAGAUGAAAUCAUGCAAGAAGCUCCAUGUGGGAAAGAAGCAACGUCACGCCUCUGCCCUAAUGGGACUGAGUGUAAAGAAUACUGGCAAGGACCCAACUAUGGGAUAACACAGUUUGAUAACAUCCUCUUCGCUGUGCUGACUGUCUUCCAGUGUAUCACCAUGGAAGGGUGGACUAACCUCCUCUAUGAUAGCAACGAUGCCUCAGGGAGUGCUUGGAACUGGCUAUACUUCAUCCCUCUCAUCAUCAUUGGAUCCUUUUUUAUGCUCAAUCUUGUGCUGGGGGUGCUUUCUGGGGAGUUUGCCAAAGAAAGGGAACGAGUAGAAAAUCGGCGUGCAUUUCUGAAGUUGAGAAGACAACAGCAAAUUGAACGGGAGCUCAAUGGCUAUAUGGAGUGGAUCUCCAAAGCAGAAGAAGUCAUCCUGGCUGAAGAUGAUAUAGAAGGAGAGCCUCGUCAUCCCUUCGAUGCUCUUCGGAGGGCCACUAUCAAGAAAAGCAAAACAGACUUGCUGAACCCAGAGGAAGCAAAUGACCCACUGGCAGACAUCUCUUCAGUAGGUUCACCUUUUGCUCGAGCCAGCAUCAAAAGUGUCACGCUGGAAAAUGCUACUUUCUUUCACAAAAAAGAGCGGAGGUUGCGUUUCUAUAUCCGUCGUAUUGUCAAAACUCAGGCCUUUUACUGGACAGUCCUCAGUCUGGUAGCUCUCAACACUUUGUGUGUUGCUAUAGUACAUUACAACCAGCCAGAUUGGCUAUCUGACUUCCUCUACUAUGCAGAAUUCAUUUUCUUAGGGCUCUUUAUGUCCGAAAUGUUUAUAAAAAUGUAUGGGCUUGGAACGCGGCCUUACUUUCAUUCAUCUUUCAACUGCUUUGAUUGUGCUGUUAUCAUUGGGAGCAUCUUUGAGGUCAUUUGGGCUGCAAUAAAGCCUGGCACCUCCUUUGGGAUAAGCGUCUUACGAGCUCUCAGGUUACUGCGUAUUUUCAAAGUCACAAAGUACUGGGCUUCCCUACGAAACCUAGUUGUAUCUCUGCUGAACUCCAUGAAGUCCAUAAUCAGCCUUCUUUUCCUCCUUUUCCUCUUCAUAGUCGUUUUCGCCCUUUUGGGAAUGCAACUCUUUGGGGGCCAGUUCAAUUUUGAUAAUGGAACCCCACCAACCAAUUUUGACACUUUUCCAGCAGCAAUAAUGACAGUAUUUCAGAUCCUGACUGGCGAAGACUGGAAUGAAGUGAUGUAUCAUGGUAUCCAAUCUCAGGGCGGUGUUGAUAAAGGAAUGAUGUUUUCAAUCUAUUUCAUAGUCCUGACCUUGUUUGGUAACUACACUUUGCUCAAUGUGUUUUUGGCUAUUGCUGUGGAUAAUUUGGCCAAUGCACAAGAGCUCACCAAGGAUGAACAAGAAGAAGAAGAAGCAGCUAACCAGAAACUUGCCCUCCAGAAGGCGAAGGAAGUAGCAGAAGUGAGUCCUCUUUCUGCAGCCAACAUGUCAAUAGCAGCGAAAGAGCAGCAAAAAAAUCAAAAAGGCAACAAAUCUGUUUGGGAACAGCGGACAAGUGAAAUGCGGAAACAGAAUUUGCUGGCAAGUAGAGAGGCCCUAUACAAUGAGAUGGACCCUGAGGAUCAUUGGAAGGUUACAUAUGCCCGGCAAAUGCGUCCAGACAUGAAAACUCACUUAGACAGACCACUGGUAGUAGAUCCUCAAGAAAAUCGGAAUAACAACACCAACAAGACCCGUCCCAAUGAACCACCCUUGAAUCCCCACUUUGGACAGGAACGGUCUGUAGAAUUCCUACGAAAACCACCUCGUUACCAUGCACAUUCACGAGAACCCCACCUAUAUGAGCGUCCCGACUCAGGAAGCUUGGAGCCUCGACACCCAAGGAGCAAUAGCAAGGAAAUUGACUUUAAUCAAGAAAGUAGAUGUCAUGAUAUUGAUUAUCCCAGCAAGGAGCAUAGUGCCAUUCCAGAGCAGGGUUAUCAUGGUGACUGUGCCUCAGAGCGCAUAAAAAAAUUAGAUCCCCACCGCUGGCGCCAAGGUAGCAAAGAAAGUCAGAGUGGAUCACCUCGUACGGUAGAUGGUGAACGGGAGCAUCGGAGGCAUAGAGUACACCGCCGAAUACCAGAUGAUGGAAGUGGUGAACAGAGUGGCAGAGUUGAGCGUCGCCCUCGGCAUCGUGAGGGGAGCGGACCUGUACGAACUGACAUGGGUGGGGAGCAUCCUGAUGGAGAAAGGCGCCGACGGCACCGGCAUGCUGGACAGUCCACUUAUGAAGUUGAUGGCAAGGAACGCCGACACCGACGCAGGAAAGAAAACCAAGGAUCUGGUCAUCCACCAGGACCAAACCUAUCUACCACAAGGCCAAUUCAGCAAGAUAUGGGACAUUUAGAACCUCCAGUAUCUGAGGAUAUUGACAACAUGAAGAAUAAUAAAUUGGCAACCAAUGAAACCUCAAACUCACAUCUCAUCAGUCAUUCUCAGAAUGAUCCUAUCAAAGGAGGAAACCAUUCAAAUUCCACACCAUACUGCACUUCCCAAAAUCAGCCUAUUCCUUUGGACCAACCAUUUCUCAACUCUCAGAAUUCUACCAGUCGCCAAACCCCCAGUAACCCAGCCAAUCCUGGAGCUCCUAAAAAUCCAGAGAACAGCCUUAUUGUCACUAAUCCCACAACCCAAAACAAUCCAUCCAAAACUGCCAAGAAAUCAGAAUACACAGCAGUGGAGAUUCCACCUGCCUUCCCACCUCCAAUCAAUAAUGCUAUAAUGCAAGUCAAUAAGAAUGCCAAUCCAGAGCCUCUGCCAAAGAAAGAGGAAGAGAAAAAAAAGGAAGAUGAUGAUGAAGGAGGUGAAGAUGGGCCCAAGCCUAUGCCACCAUACAGUUCUAUGUUCAUCCUCUCAACCACUAAUCCUUUUCGGCGCCUCUGUCAUUACAUUGUCAAUCUGCGCUACUUUGAGAUCUGCAUUCUGAUGGUGAUUGCCAUGAGCAGCAUUGCAUUGGCUGCUGAAGAUCCCGUACAGCCGAGUGCUCCUCGUAACAAUGUUCUUCGUUACUUUGAUUAUGUCUUCACAGGUGUCUUCACCUUUGAAAUGGUUGUUAAGAUGAUUGACUUAGGACUGAUCCUUCAUCGGGGCUCUUAUUUUCGGGAUCUGUGGAAUAUCUUGGAUUUCAUUGUGGUCAGUGGAGCACUGGUGGCAUUUGCCUUCACAGGCAGUAAAGGGAAAGACAUCAACACCAUUAAAUCCUUACGUGUCCUUCGUGUUCUCAGACCACUCAAAACUAUCAAGCGGUUGCCAAAGCUCAAGGCUGUCUUUGACUGUGUGGUGAAUUCACUCAAAAAUGUCCUCAAUAUUCUCAUUGUAUACAUGCUGUUCAUGUUUAUCUUCGCUGUGGUUGCUGUCCAGCUCUUUAAGGGCAGGUUCUUCUACUGCACUGAUGAAUCCAAGGAGUUUGAAAAGGACUGCAGAGGAGAAUAUUUAGUCUACGAGAAGAACAAUGAAGUGAAGGCCGAGAGACGAGAGUGGAGGAAAUAUGAUUUUCAUUAUGACAAUGUGCUAUGGGCACUGCUUACCCUUUUCACUGUGUCUACAGGAGAAGGUUGGCCAGAUGUUCUUAAGCACUCAGUGGAUGCUACAUAUGAGAAUCAGGGGCCCAGCCCUGGUUAUCGCAUGGAAAUGUCCAUCUUCUAUGUGGUAUAUUUUGUGGUCUUCCCAUUUUUUUUCGUCAACAUUUUUGUGGCCUUAAUCAUCAUCACUUUCCAAGAGCAAGGAGACAAGAUGAUGGAGGAAUACAGUCUGGAGAAGAAUGAGCGAGCUUGCAUUGAUUUUGCUAUCAGUGCCAAGCCACUAACCCGACACAUGCCUCAAAACAAGCAAAGUUUUCAAUACCGUAUGUGGCAGUUUGUCGUUUCCCCUCCUUUUGAAUACACCAUUAUGGCCAUGAUUGCCCUGAACACCAUUGUCUUAAUGAUGAAAUUCUACAAUGCAACAAGUCUUUAUGAUAAUUUAUUAAGGAUGUUCAACAUUGUCUUCACUGCCCUGUUCUCCUUGGAAUGUAUUCUGAAAAUCAUUGCCUUUGGAGUGCUGAAUUAUUUCCGUGAUGCCUGGAAUAUCUUUGAUUUUGUCACAGUUCUGGGUAGCAUCACAGACAUCUUAGUGACAGAGUUUGGGGUAAGUUCAAAACUGGUGAGCAUGACAUUCUGGGGGAGGGAG